AUGGAUUCCCUCCCGCAUAGCUCGGGCGGGAACCAUUAUCCCAGCAUUCCGACUCAUUCCCGCGCGCCAACUUCUCUACGCUGCUGCUGUGGUCGUGAGGACUGUGCCUUGCUCGAACACAAUAAUGUCGCUCUCCAGGGACUCGAAAAGGAUCUUGAAACCGCCGCAAAGUUAGGUCAGGUUCUCCUGUGCUUUCUCGUUGCGUUGGCGUCCGUCAUGACCUUACUUAUCCAAGAUCACUCUGCUCCGGCAGACUGUCAUGCUUCGUCGUCGCUGACCUUUGCUUUACAGGCUCUGCUCCAUCGCCAUGAAAGUUAUAUGGCUGAGGCGGAAGAAGACCGUCAGCGCUUCAUUGACAAUGUCGAUACACUUGAGCGCGAAAAGCGCCAAGUCCAAGCUGAAAAUGCGCGUAUCAUCGAGGAAAACCGCAGUCUGCUCGAACAACUUGAUGGAUUGAAUAAGAAUGUCACCGAGUCAGAUGACAGUAUUCAAUCACUGACUCUGUCUUUGGAAAGGACGCAGGCCGAGUUGCGCAGACUGACUGUUGCUGCAUCGCGUGCUGAAGAACUCGAGAUGCAGCUGGCUAUCAUUGAGUCCGAACAGUCAAAACUACAGGAUAGCCUUAUGUCUGCUCGGGAAGAUGAGAAGUCCGCUGUACAGCGCUGGCGUAAUGCCGAGAAUACAUUGCGUGGUCUCAACGACCAGGUUGAGCGCAUCGAGACCGAGGCUCGACAGGAACGCGAACGCCAUGAGGAAAUCAUUCAGCGAAUGGAGCGCAAGCGGAUCGUGGAACGGGAGCUGGACAAUGCUGCCAUUCGAUUGAAAGGUGCGGCCGCAGCAUCCGAACUCAGCCGUCACACCGGCACGAAUGUGGUUUCGCGCUUUGUCAAGGAUAUCUUGGAAGACAACGCGCAUCUACAAGUCGGUAUCACAGAGCUGCGUGAAAUGCUUGAGAGCUCCAACCAGGAAGUGCAGAGUUUGCGAGAUCAGAUCCUCUACCACCAGCCGCUGGACGGCGUGGAUGAAGAGGAGAAUGGCGAGUCCACCACGCCUGCAACACUGUCCGAAGAACUGGAGGCAAAAGAACGUCGUGUCUCGCAAGAAUUCCACGUCCACCACCAUUACCACACCCCAACAUCGUCACGCAAGGACAAGGGCUCUCUCAAUCGUCGUGUCAAGAAAAAACGGCCUGCCCUGGGAAGUCCUGUCACAAUGCACUCUGCCAUUGGAACUCACUCCCCUCGGCGGUCUAUUCAUCGCUCCCAGUCAUCAGGAUCGUCCAUAAACACUAUUUUAUCACAGACUUCCGUCUCCAUUCCACUGCCCUCCUCUCGUCGAUGGUCACUGCAAUCACCUGCCGCAGAUUCAUUGGCUAGCUCUCCGCGGUCUGCGUUCCGUACCUCUUCGAUCUUUGAUCGACCUGAGCGUGGGUAUGAUUUCUCUCAGCCCACUAGCCCCGAUAGCACCGUCUUCUCCUCCCCCCUCAUGGAGGCCCACCAUGCCAAGGGCUUUGAUUUGCCAAUCAGGCCUAUGAGUGGGUUCGACAAUUUCGAUCAACCAACCAUGAACGACGCUUCUGGCUUCUUCAAUGAAGACCACUACGACCGGACCGGCUUCUUGGACCUUUGCGGUGGCCUCAAAGCUCAUCCCGCUAUCCCAGAAGAAUCAGAAUCAUCAUCAUCUGUACUAUAUUCUCAGUCUGUCACAAAUGACCCCCCGGUCGCCUCAGGAGACGUUGCAGGCCUGCAUACACCAUAUACAUCAUCCCUCCGCAAGUCGGCGUCCCACGACAGCCUUAUUUCUGUGGCCGGCAUGGACAUCCACACUCCAAUCAAACGUCAAGUCCGCAUGGGUGGUUGGCAUCCGGGUAUUCGAAUUCCUCAACGCCUGAUGUCUCCUAGUGUUGAACUGGUAUCCACUCCCCCGGUCAUAUCAGCCACCACAAUCAUAGCCGAUCGAGGCAAGGGUCCCGAGACAUCAUCCCGCUCUCUUCUUGCCUCUGUUGCCGCAAGCGCGGGGAACGGCCUUCCCUCGGACUCUGCAUCGGUCGUAUCGGCAGACAGUUCCAGCACUGCCUCCACAGCAACACCUGGCUCCCGAAAGUCUUCCGCAUUAGGCCGGUGGGUCUUAGGUCGGUGGGGCACCGCCGCUGUCCCUGAUACUAAGGAUCCCGAAUGCGAAGACCGUAUUGCUGCGAUUGAAUCGGCAUUGAUUUCAGAACCCGCGAGGUCAGAGUCAACGCCUACACUCCAACCGCCCAAGGUACCGGCUCCAGACCUUGCACCAUCACUGCGAUUCAGGUUUCCGGGCGUGAAUCAAAAGGGUCCAAUCAUGGGUCUCCGGCCUCCGCCCCCAGCACCAAUCGUCGUUCAAGUACAGGAGAUAGAUGAGACUCUCUUACAAGAGAGUCUGGCCGAGAGCGGCGAUGAUAGCUGA